CCGCAUGCACUCUGCUUAGCGCUAGCGCUGUCGACUCCGUCAGUGCAGUAGCUGCAGUGUCAAUACAGAAUGAAAUAAUUAUAAAUUUUGAUUUUACCCUUCGCCACGGAGUUGCGAAGCGCUGUGUACGUGUAUGCAUCGUUGUUGGUUCGUCCGCACCUCCGAUCAGGGAUUAGCCCUACCAUACUGAUAGCUUGUCACACAGCUCUCAGUUUGUUGCAGAACGAGAGUGUAGGGUCGGGACAGCUCGUUUGUUCGGACACGCGCAUCAGCAUGCCCUUUGUAGACUACAACUGAUUCAAUUCGAUCGGUGUUGGCAGAGUGUUCUAGGCGAUGCACUCAGCCAGCGGUAUAGCCAGCGGUCUUGUAACAUAUUGAGCGGAGAAUUGCACCAUUGGGAGAAGCCAUAAAGUUAGUUUUGCAGCUGGCAGGUGCGCGGUAGUGAACCGCGCGGGAACUACACACCGUGGUCUCCACCUCCUUCGUGAUCCACAUACUGUUGACGAGAUCUGUGGGAAUUGCACCAUUGGGAAGCGGCUGAUUGUCCUGUCAGAUGUCAGGCUCACAGAAUGGAACCUUUCCAAGAUGAGCUUGUGGACCUGUGCGUACGGGACAAGGCAGAAGAGAUCAAGGCCAAGCUUCUUGUGAACGGCCGGGUUAUCGCACUUGCUGCCAAAAAAUACCAUCGAAGUCCCAGAGCGUCACUUCUGGCUUAUCUGGGUUGGACAGCAUGUCAACAUGAUUCGCGAGGCGUCCUACAAUUUCUCCUCAAAACCGUUUACCGUGAUGUCUUCUGUCAGCCUUGUGACAAAGAGGGCCGGACUGCAAUUCAUGCUGCCACUCUUCAGAAACACUUGGAGUGUCUGAAGUUGUUGUGUGCUGCUAAUUUGAAUCUUAAUAGCCACGAUACUGCGGGCCGUACACCUAUCCACCUAGCCUGCGAGAAAGGCUUGCCUGAGUGUGCUGAGAUAUUGUGCAAUGCUAAAGCGGAGGUUAAUUUGACAGACUCUUGGGAUUGUACACCUCUCCACCUAGCCUGCGUGAAAGGCUUUACUGAGUGUGCUGAGAUAUUGUGCAAUGCUGAAGCGCAGGUUAAUUUGACAGACUCUUGGCGCCGUACACCUCUCCACCUAGCCUGCGAGAAAGGCUUUUCUGAGUGUGCUGAGAUAUUGUGCAAUGCUAAAGCGCAGGUAAAUUUGACAGACAGGAAUGGUGUGACCCCUCUCCAAUCAGCCUGCGAGAUCAACUCUUUUGACUGUGUUAGGAUAUUGUGCAAUGCCAAAGCCGAUGUCAAUGUCACUAACAAUCGGCGCCGUACACCUCUCCACCUAGCCUGCGAGAAAGGCUUUUCUGAGUGUGCUGAGAUAUUGUGCAAUGCUAAAGCGCAGGUUAAUUUGACAGACUGGGAGCGUCGUACACCUCUCCACAUAGCCUGCAAGAAAGGCUUUCCUGAGUGUGCUGAGAUAUUGUGCAAUGCUAAAGCGCAGGUUAAUUUGACAGACUGUGACAAUGAUACUCCACUUGAUCUGGCAAUGCAAGGAACGUAUACAGAGGUUGUGUCCAUCAUAAUGAAGUACAUCCGUACUGUACUUAGCAAUCAAGAGGUUGUAGAUUUUCUCUGUCGUCUCGCAAAGAGAAUGCCAUCGACAAGCUAUUCUAGUGAUUGGAUUCCUGUCAUGGAGACCAUUCUCGAUUGCAUUAGCAAUGUGUCGGUCAAGUUGUUGGAUAUGGAAGGCUGGGUUGGAGCAUUUUCCGAAUGCAGUGAUGACCUUAUCCGACAACUCAUCAAGAUGGCGGUUCAACAGCACAAGCUUCGUCCAACAGUAGUACAAAUACUGGUCAAACGACGUAUGGAGAACUGCAAACGCAAGACACAUCUAGUGGUGCGUCUGCUUGGCCCCCCAGGCAGUGGAAAAACGUCACUACUCAAGUCGUUGCACAAGCGUCACACGUUCUUCGACAAGCUGGUCAACUUCUUUUUGCGUGAUCGGGGGGACCGAAUCGAUAGUGCACGAACCCGCGGAAUCGAGCGCUUUUACCACGAAGGCAUCGUUUUUCUCGAUCUAGGUGGCCAAUACCGAUAUAUGAGUAAUCACCAACGCCUGACAAAGUUUUCCACCGUCCCAGCAGUGAAUAUCAUCACUGUUUCCAGCGUGGAGACGAAGGUAUGUGUACGUCAUUCGGCUCGCCAGUGGUGUAACUUCAUAGCAUGCAGCUGUGAAGAUGGUGAGGAGAAAGGCAAUGGGGAAGGAGGGAGCGACAAGACAGCCAACAAGGUGCUCAUGGUAGCUUCCCGGCGAGACAAAGCCAGAGAAUCGCAGCGUGAUGUAGUCAGCGCCGAAUGUGAGCUUCUGAAGGAUACAAUGGGCGAUCAUCUUCAGUUCAUGGACCAGCCUGUGAUCUUUGUCAAUGGUGUUGACGAGAAUUGCGAUGGUGUGGCAAAGGUGCGAGACAUCAUCGAGGAAAUGAAGAGAGAGGUGAAGGAACCAGAUACUCCCAUGUCCGCAGUCGAGUACUUCCUUGAAGAUAUCCGCCUUAAGUUCAAGGAUACACCUGCUGUCAGCCUGGAGGAAUUCACUACGGUGCUGGCCAAUCUCAUCUUAGGUGAAAAGUUUGAAGCAGAAGAUUGGAAACUGGUGAAAAGAAUGGUAGCCAUUGCGGUCGACCUGGAGCAAGAUCUCCAUGAUCUACACCAGAAAGCCGAGGUUUUCUUUUUUGCCCAGGUGCAGCUUGUGGUGCUGGAGCCAACCUGGCUGAUGAGUGACAUCACCAGCAAACUUUACACACCCAACUAUCAGCCAUCAUCGUUCAUUACUUGUAAUGAGUUUGGCUUUGCGAAGCGCAGCAAUGUCGAGCAGGUUCUGGGCAACUGUACCAACUCUUCGGUAAAGUUGCCCGGGGAUAAGGUGCUUGAGAUUGCGCAGCAGCUGGGAAUGUGUCAUCUAACGGAUCACGGCAAUGAGGUGAUGAUACUGCCGGCCCAGGCAGAGAGCCGCACAGCUGCCCACUGGCCAGUUGCCGAUGAGAAGAUUCACCGCCACUACACCGGUCGCCGCCUGCACUGCAGAUCCGGGAUUGCCAUGAGUGCAGCCUUGAUGCCAGCCAUCCAGCACUCCAUCCUGACCGAGCUCUGUGAGACCGGAGAUAGAUGCCCAGUUUGGCAAGGUGGCAUACGUGUCGUCAUGAAUCGCUAUCCACAGGUCGACACGCUGGUAGAGAUCCCCGCCGGACAGCUGGCACUCAACGUCGUGACACGUGGUUACGACCAGCAAGACGUCGCGCGCUUUCAGGAGAUGGUCUGGCAUCACAUCUUGAAGCUGCCACAGCAAUUGUCACCCGGCUCUAGAGUCGACAUGGUGUUUGAAGAUGAUGAGCAGCUAAGUAGCAGUGGGCAUCUUCGGAAGCUAGACCAGCAAGGAGAGCUCAAUGCCGCGAUGGCAUUUCUUGCUAGCGACCACAUCCGUGCCACGCAUCUCUUUCCUCCUGCUGCGAAUGAUGUUGGCGCUGAUCAACGUCGCAAAGACCCACGCUUGACACACCAGUAUGCUGGCUCAGCUGAUUGCCAGAAUGCCAGUACGAUUGAAGAACGUCGUCGAGCCUCUCGUCUUUGCUCUGCUCUCUAUCAGCACCGUAUCUUGCUUACCCAAGACUUCCCUCUGGUCGAGUGCUUGCGGAGGCUGAACCAGAGAGGACAGUUGGGGGGAGCCUUCAAGGAUGAUGUCAUGAAUGAACGUCGCACGAGUGAUGCAGCCGACAUGUUCCGCCAGGGCAUUUGCGACUUACCUGACAGUGUGGUGCUGAGCCUGGUGGACGAUGUGCUACCAGAACUACCGGCUGCACACACUGUCUACAGGGCGGUGAAAGACUGCCCUGGGUACUCACAGUGCAAAAUACCUCCUCAUCAUACUCAUGCGGCCGAUGUUGGGGUGAGUUCUGGCAUGCAGUGUUCGGCAUCAUCUGACAAUCCGUUUGACCUGGAGAGGUUUGUGUGUGACAUUCAACCAUGGUUGAACAAAGUUGACGCAGAACUUCUGCGACGGAUGGUGGUCAAGAAACAUCUCAUAACUGACAGCGCAUCAAUAGAGAGACUAAAGAGAAUUCGGUCCCGGGAUGGAGUAUCUGAUCAUAAUGAGGAGCUCAUCCAGUUGCUCAGAGCUGGUGGCCUAAAGACUUAUCGUGAUCUCGGUGUUGUCAUUGAGGAACUUGGGUAUGUGGACAAGAGCAAGGAAAUGCUCUCCAUUUUGUCCCACACAGAUGCGUUCCUGGACAAUCCGUUCAACCACCCGUCCUUCAUGCCAGACAUUCACGUGUGGCUGCAGAGCAUCCCCGCGGAUGACAUCCGCGAAGCAGCGCAGACGCAAGGUUUGCUCACGGAACACAACAUCAACAAGCUGAUACGCACAGAUAGUUACCAGAGCAACAGGGAGCAUAACUGUGAGCUGCUUGGCAUCAUCAUGAACAAGGAGAAACAAGGUUACAUCGCGCUGUGCAGGAUGAUCCAAGCCAUCGGUCAGUAUGCGGAACGGCUGGAGCAGAUGAACAGCCUACUAGCGGAGUGCGAUCGUGUCUGAAGGGACGCACCUUUUCGUCAAUUCCGGCUCUAGUCGCAAGACCGUGUUUACGCCUCAAAGUGGUUACAGCACUUGCGCAAGUGAUACACAAUGUCAAUACAUUUCUUUGUUUUUUUGUUUUUUUUGCCUCGCCACACAUCCUGAAUGUUUUGUAUAGCAAAUUGUCCUUCUCCCGAAGCCAGUGUCAUGAUUUUCCUGUCAGAUGUGACUGCCAUUUCGUUACAAAUGACUGGCAGUUUCCUGCUCAAGUGCUGCUCUUUUAUCAUUUGCACGGUCGCAACAUGAGCGCAAUGAUGAAUGUUCUCCGUGGUACCUGGUACUAAAGCUGCCGCACUCGUUUCUCUUAACACACAUCGCAUCCCUGGUGUGUGUAAAAUGUGUGUGAGUGUGUGUGUGUGUGCGUGUGAGUGUGUGUGAGUGUGUGUGUGUGUGUGUGUGUGUGUGUGUGUGUGUGUGUGUGUGUGAGUGUGUGUGUGUGUCUGUCUGUGUGUGUGUGUGUGUUUGUGAGUGUGAAUGCAUC